UAUUAAGAAGGCCAAAAGCCCAAGGGAGAGAGACCGAGAGAGAUCCGUUUGUCCGGUAUCUUUCGCCGCGGGGGCAGAGUCGUAGAGACAGUGAAAGAAUGGCUGCCGCUUCGUCUUCCUUUCCAAUCCCGUCUUCCUUCGUUUCAGCUGCCGAAGACCCAAGAUACGAACUUGGAAAGCAGAUAAGAAGCCACGAGGUUGCAAUUGUUGAGUUGGAUAACCUCUCUUCUUCUCGGACUGUCUAUCAGAAAAACAGUAAUAUUUUCUUCCGUACAAGCAUCCAGAAGGCAAGAACAGCUGAGCAAAAACAACUUGAUUUGACCAAGGCUAAGCUACAAAAGUUGAGUGAAGCUUAAUUUCACCGGGUGGAAGAAUUACUACAUUCAUACUAAUUUUUUUUUUCCCCUUUUGGUUUUGGGGGGGUUGGGGUUUUUUAAUUUUGGCUUUGUUGUGAUUCAUAUUGAAAUAGGAAUAGCUGCAGACUUGCAGUUGACUAAGAAGUUUUUAGUAUAUAUGCUUACUAUGAAUGGAUACAUACUUCUAAGGCAA